AUGGAUUUGUCAUGGAAGGUGCAGUUGAUUCUGCAGAGUCUGCAUAUAGAGAGAUGUGUGAAAGUGGAAUUUCACCAAAUGUCGUCACCUAUACUUGUUUUGGUUAAUGGAUUUUGCAAAAGUAAUAAGAUCGGUCUUGCUUUGAAAAUGUAUGAUGAUAUGAAAAAGAAGGGUUUGGAACUGGAUAUUACUGCAUAUAGUGCUCUCAUUGGUGGUUUCUGCAAAAUGCAAGACAUGGAAAAUGCAGGCAAAUUAUUCUGUGAACUUUUGGAGAUUGGUUUGAAUCCAAACACAAUUGUUUAUAACAACAUGAUUAGUGGCUUCCGAAAUUUGAAUAAUAUGGAAGCAGCACUCAACUUGUACAAGGAGAUGAUAAAUAAUAAGAUUCCAUGUGACUUGCAAAUAUAUACCUCACUGAUUGGUGGACUUCUAAAAGAGGGGAAAUUAAAUUUUGCCAUAGAUCUUUACUUAGAUAUGCUUUCCAGGGGUAUUGUGCCUGAUAUGUUCAUGUACACUGUUUUGAUAAAUGGACUCUGUAACAAUGGACAACUAGAAAAUGCGGGCAAGAUUCUAAAGGAAAUGGAUGGGAAUAAUAUAACUCCUUCUGUUCUUCUUUAUAACACUUUAAUUGCUGGACAUUUUAAGGAGGGGAAUCUGCAAGAGGCUUUUAGACUGCAUGACGAGAUGCUUGAUAAAGGUCUUGUUCCUGAUGACACUACAUACGAUAUUCUUGUAAAUGGAAAGUUGAAAAGAUCAUACGCUCCAGUUGGUGCUUAA